AUGUUCUCUCUAACGCUGAUUCUCGAUCUGUACAGAAGAUUUCAGGGGAUGGCCGAUGUGUCAUCCAGGCUGGACUCCAUGCAAGAGGCACUUGAUCUACGACAAGCGUGGUAUGAAUUUAUCUUGCAAGAAAUUGGAACUCGAAUCCCCUCAGAGAAACAAAAACUUGCACGUCAGACCGUCUUGUCUGAAAUCAGGAUCAACGAGGAAAUGAGGAACCGGGCUGCCAAUAUGCGUGAAACUUUGAACACUAUGGACAUGACUAUGCGGGCGAACGCUCUGCGAGACUUGCGGAAUGAAUACAUAAGUGCUUGGCUAGACGAGGCAUUGUAUGUCUUGUUCCCGGACGAGUGA